AUGGUUUGUGAGCGUUCAGAUAGCCGUGCUUCUGGAACUGACCCCUUUGACCGACACCCUACAAGGGCUAUGCCUCCUCUUGACCCCAGGUUGGCCAAGGCUGGCAGUGUGUUCCCACCCGUGGAGAUGCAGCCUAUGGGUUCGUCAGAGUCAGAGUCGACUACCUCUGGAAGUGAUGCGAAAUUGGACUCGGGCAGUGCGGACACUGUUCCUUCUGUUGAUAAUACUCCAGAGGUGUUGAAUAAGGCACUGUCGGGCCUGUCUUCAAGAUGGAAGAACUGGUGGGUGCGAGGAAUCCUGACCCUGGCCAUGAUCAGUUUCUUCUUCCUCAUCAUCUAUCUCGGCCCCAUGGUUCUCAUGAUGAUAGUUCUCUGUGUGCAGAUCAAAUGCUUUCAUGAGAUUAUCCUCAUCGGCUACAACGUCUAUCAUUCUUACCAUCUGCCAUGGUUCCGGACUCUGAGCUGGUAUUUCUUGUUGUGUGCCAACUACUUCUUCUAUGGGGAGACGGUAACAGACACGUUUUUCACACUGGUUCAGAGGGAGGAGCCCCUGCGGAUCUUGAGCAAAUACCAUCGUUUCAUUUCGUUUGCUCUUUACCUGGCAGGAUUCUGCAUGUUUGUCCUGAGCCUGGUGAAGAAGCAUUACAGACUGCAGUUCUACAUGUUUGGAUGGACCCACGUGACAUUGCUGAUCGUCGUUACGCAGUCUCACCUCAUCAUCCACAACCUGUUUGAUGGGAUGAUUUGGUUCAUCGUGCCCAUUUCCUGUGUGAUUUGCAAUGAUAUCAUGGCCUACAUGUUUGGAUUCUUCUUUGGCCGAACUCCCCUCAUCAAGUUGUCCCCCAAGAAGACCUGGGAAGGAUUUAUCGGAGGAUUCUUCUCCACUGUUUUAUUUGGUCUUGUGCUUUCCUAUGUGAUGUCGGGAUACAAAUACUUUGUCUGCCCAUUUGAGUUCAACAAUGACGCCAACAGUUUCACCGUGGACUGUGAGCCAUCAGAACUGUUCCAGCUCCAGGAUUACGGCAUCCCGUGUCUGGCCCAGUCCAUUUUAGGCUCGGAGACUAUCCGGUUGUACCCCUUCCAGAUUCACAGCAUUGCCCUCUCUACCUUCGCCUCUCUGAUUGGUCCCUUUGGAGGAUUCUUUGCCAGUGGCUUCAAGAGAGCAUUCAAAAUCAAGGACUUUGCUGACACCAUACCGGGUCAUGGUGGGAUAAUGGAUCGCUUUGAUUGCCAGUAUCUAAUGGCGACAUUCGUGAAUGUCUACAUUGCCAGUUUCAUCAGGGGCCCGAAUCCGAGCAAACUGCUGCAGCAGCUCCUGGCUCUGCGCGUCGACCAACAGCUCCAGAUCUUCAAGAGCCUGAAGGCUAAUCUGAUCCAGAAGGGUGUCCUGACAGCUGGGGCUUAGAGCUGAUCCGUUCAGGUCCUACAACCUGUCGAAUGAAUCCAGCCUCCGACCUUGCUCUCAAAACACACAGUGCGCAUCCAAUCUUGUAUCCUACCAGUGAUUUUCUUACGUGACCUCGAGGUCCAAAUCCCUUCCAACACAAAAGCCAAGUAUUCUUCACGUUCUGGUCGAUGCCAUAAUUACUGAGUAGGCACGAGUUUAAUGAUGGGGUCUCAGCUCAUCAGUUGAAGAUUAAGAGCUGUAUAGCCACUGAUGUGCUGAGCCUGUGAUUAACCACCAAACACACACACACACACUCCCACAAACACACACACCCACUCUCACACACACAUGUGCGUGCACAGAAUUGCUUUUUAUUUUCAAAAAACAAGAUUUACCAUUGCUGCUUGCAAUGCUAAACAAGUGAGGAGUUUUGAGGCUGAAUCUGAAACUGCGCAAAAAUCAUGGAUCUGGUCCAGUAGAAUACCAGCCCGAGCGUAUUCUGCACCACUGGGGGAAUCUUGUGUUCGAGGUAUCACUGACUUUCUGCGGUUACUUGCUCCUUAGCCAGAAUGUACUCUUAGGGUGGGUUAGAUGUAGCAAUUUGGUGUAACACAGGCCAUGUAAUUUUGAGGGGGGAAAAAACACAUUCAAGUUUUACAUUUGCAUUUGUAGGGCUUCUUGAGGCACCUGAAGGAGUUUAGAAAAUUGAACUUUGCACUGACUGUUUUGCUUUAGAUAGAGAAGGCAUGUAGAAACAAGUGGAGUUUGCAAAAAGGGAAAGACAGUGGAGCACCUAGCAGUAAUGGGGUAUCGGAUUAUAAUGUCACUGAGGGACAGAGUUCCUGAGAUGGCAUGUUAUUGCUCUCACGUUCUUGAACAUUGGUGACCCAACAAUCCAAAUGUUGUGGUCCCACGGUUAAACUGCUGUCUGUUUCUUUGGAAAUUUUCACAAACAGUUGUGGUCCCUUCAAGACAAAUACCUCCACAGAGCGCAGUGUCCUCAGCAAUGAGCAAUGCCAAAUGUUACCUUUUUACAGAAGGAUCCAUCCUCUGUCUUUCUGAAAAGCAGUAUUUCAACAUGACCUUACCUCAGCACUGACCCACGUGUUGUUGGAAGGGGAACCGCUGUGCUGUGGUUAUACGUUCACUUGUGCCAGUGAUUCCUCUUCUGGGGAGGUUCCAAGAAAAGGCUUGGGGGCCGCUUUUACAUAUAAGCUGAGAUGGUGUCUGUUGCCGACUGAGAACAGAGUCACAGCCUUCACACAGGCCAGUGUCCAGACAGCAAUGCUGGAUGGUGACCUGGACCCCUCUACAAGCUGAAUUCUAACAGGCACACCAUCGUCCACAUUCCCUGCUGUCUCCAGUCAGUUAG